UCAAAUUUUUUUCCAUCAUCUCAAAGCAACCAAAUGAGCACCGCGGCGUUCUCUCUACACCCCUCAAUUCUGUUCAAAUUUCGUGCCAAACACAGCUUCUCAUGGAAAUUCACCCUCAACAAGCAUUCAUCUUCACUCGCCAAAAUUUGCUGCUCGCGGAACAACACGCCCCAACAACAGCUUAACCUGUCCGUCCUUCGAUUCACUCUAGGUACAGAUUCUUCUUCACUUAAGCGUGUCCUGGUGCAGUUAUUGCAGCAAUUUCAUUUGCCGAUUUAUUUCUGUCUCGUGGCGUUAGGGAUACCUGGAUUGGACGAAUCUUAUUUGCCCAGAUACAUUGGUUAUGCAUUUGGGUCGCUUUUAGUGUUGAAUCAUUUUGUGGGCUCGGAUUAUUCAUCCACUACUGCAGCUCAGCUGAGAACGGAGGCAUUGGGACUUUCUUUGGCCGCAUUCGCUGCCGUUGUUCCAUAUCUGGGAAAGUUCCUCAAGGGAACCGCUCCAACUGACCAGAAAAUCAUCCCAGAAGGAGCUGAGCAAAUUUUUAUAAUGUCAGAGGAUUUGAAUGAUGACAAGAAGGAAGAUUUGGCUUGGGGAACAUAUGCUCUUUUACGUAAUACAAACUCAAUAUCAGUGCUCAUCUCAGUUCCGGAUGCCUUGUGUGUGCGUGGCUAUUGGAAUACACCAAAAGAUUUGUCCAAAGAAAAUGUUCUCAAUUGGUUCGAAAAGAAGAUUCAAGAAAUAGGUUUCUCCAAUUUGAAGGAUACCGUGUAUUUCCAACAGGCUGCAGAUUCUGAGUUGAAGGAGAUGGUUCCAACCGGGAUUCAGUCCUUCCUCGUGCAACCUAUUCUGGAUGCUUCAAGUCAAACGGUCAACAGCAAGGGUUUUGUCCUGUUGGCUUCAAGCAUGGAUUAUGCAUUUAUUGAUAAAGACAAAGCAUGGAUAGCUGCAAUUGCCAACAAAUUCUAGAGGUGGGCUUUCCUUGACUCUUGUAGAUAAUUAUUCAUCUCACUAAGUCAUUGUCUAUGCCUUCUAUUGAUUGACCUUUUUCCAAUAGGAUUUUACUUAGCUUUCGUGUUGCAUAUUUUCUGAACUUCUCAUAAUCGCAUAAAAAAUGUGGUCUUGGAUUUAUUAGAUUUUUGUUUUUUAUUGGUCGCGAAUAAUCAUGAUACAUUUGGCUAAACAAUCAAAACAUCCUAAAGACGAAACAGGAUAUGAAAUAAUAAUUGAUGCAUUUAGUAGUAAGGUUAUUCUAUAUAAUAUUAGUGUAGCAAUUGUGCCUUUUAGAUGCAUGGACCUUGAGACCCACCAAAAAGUAAAGGCUAGUUUUUCUCCGAAGAAUAGAGGUUAUGCCCUCUUUUUGUCUACUGAAAGAUUUAUGAAACAAACCGUAGGAAUAAUUACAAUGGAAGCGCUCAUAGGAUUUAACCUCUUAAGGUGUUACAAGAGCCUCAUUUAUAUUUUAAGCAUCUAGAAGGUCCAUCCGAGAGUGAAAUUCUUAAAGCAAAACAAGAGCUAAUGGAGCGCUCAGAAUAGAUUACGAGAUUUUUUGUUUUGUUAUUUUUUAUUGACCUUAACUUGGUGGUUGUUUUCCCUUUUCCUUCAAUUUUUUGUUAACUCUACACCUUGAACAGAAUGUUAAAGUGCAAACCAUUUUACUGGGAACAGAUAGAUGCACAUCAUCAUUAUAGGGUUAAACUGUUACAUGAUUUAUUGAAGACCUCUAAAUGUAUCACUUAUUUUUUCUGUCCCAAGGUCUCUCUACCUAGAUUUUUCCCCUUGUGUUUUUGAUUGAAAAUGGGGGUAUGCCCAUCAUAAACAGAAAUCAUAAUUCAAGCGCAAUACAAAGUUCAUUGGUUAGCAUGGCAUCUACAUUCUACACGAACUUCUCCAGACUGUACACCAGAUUACCUUUAGACGCACAACUUUCCUGAUGGCAAGAAUUAGCCCUGGCAUGAGCGAUUGCACUCCUAUGACAUCAUGUUUAAGGGUGUAAACCUGAAGAAACAAAAAAAAAAAAAAAAA